AUGGAGGAGAAGGCGGCCAAGGAGGAAGGCGACGCCGAGAUCCAAGAGCUGCACGGGCCCGAGCACUGGUUCAGCAAGUGGGAGCGGCAGUGCCUGGCGGAGGCCGAGCAGGACGACGGGGCGCUGCCGCCCGAGCUGCAGGACGACGACGAGGCCGCCGCCGCCGCAGCUGCCGCCGCCGCCACCCCGCAGCCCGAGCACAAGCAGCAGAAGCUCUGGCACCUCUUCCAGAACUCGGCCACGGCCGUGGCGCAGCUCUACAAGGGUGAGGAGGAAGGGGGGAAAGACCCCGAGGGAUGAAAGGGGGGGAGGGGACGGGGAGCGCCCCCUCUCAAGAUGGCUGGGAGGGAGGAGGCAUAGAGGAAGUGCCAGGGCCAUGGGGGAGGGGUUUCUUUUUGGGGAGGAGAGGCUGAGGUUUUAGGAGGUAGCUCCAGUACACAGGGGAGGGGAAGGGGGACCCCUAAUUAUAUUGGGGGGGGGAGGAGCAGGGAUAUAGGGACCUUCAUUUAUGGGGGAGGAGAUUUGGAGGCACGUCGAAUAGCUUGUGGUUAGUGGGGGCCUCCUUGGAUAGAGGCGGGGUGUGUGGAAGGGCACCCCUAUUCAUGUAGGGGUAUGGGGGACCCCCAUUCAGGAAACCCUGGAGAGGUUCUCGGGGUAGGUCGAAGAGCUUUUGGAGGGAGAUUGGGAUCCGUCGAGGGGGCCCUAUUCAUGGAGACGGGGUGGGCAAGCCAUUUGGCAUGGAACUGGGGAAGGGGGACCCCCCUAUUAAGGAGCGCAGGUAGAGAAGACGAGGAUUCUGGCGGGUUUGGAGCAGGUCAAAGAACAAACGGGUCUCCAUGGGCAGCUUAAUAGGAGAAGGGGGUUUCCUCUGCCUCUACGUGGGGCUGUUGAGUAUCCUGGGGUUGGGCGAGAAAGGAGAAGCCCGUGUACGCGCUAAUGCGUGUCGAUAACACACGGCACGUUCAUACGUGCGCAGUCGCGUGUGCCUGUGUGCUUCACACGUUCCUGCCUCCGCUCUUCUGGUGUGUCUGGGCAUUGACGCGUGUACGUACACACGUGCGGUCUCUGUUCAUUGAUACGUGUGUGAGGGCAGAGGCGGCGACGUGUCUGCUUCGCUUCCUUUGCCCCCUCUCUUUCGUGGGAACGGGGCCUGCAGGGGGAGGCGAGGAGGAAGUGGCCGCGGGCGGAGAGCGGGAAGCGCCUGUCAGGGGGCCCUCCGGCCGGCCGGCCUUCCUUCCUUCAGGCCUCGCCCGCCCGUCACGGCCUUUCCAGUCGGCCGCCGUGAUACAGACACGGCGGGCGCGCACACAAAAUGGCGUGAGGCGGAUCCCUCCGCCCUCCUUUUCUCGCCUCGCGCCCCAUUUUCUUUCCUCUCACGAAAUAAAUAUAAGGAGGGUGGGGGGCGGAGGGGGAGAAAGGCAUGUUGGUUUCUCCUUCGUUCUUUUCUCCCUCUCUCUCUCCCCCCCGCGCAGUUGGCAAGUGGGUCCGUCCCGGCCCCUCCCUUCAGCUUCCCGUCGUCGGCCCUUCCCACCGACAAAAUGGCGAGAGGGUGGCUCGGGUUGGGAGGGGCCUGUGGCAGGAGGAGAGAGAGGAGACGACGUGAAAAAAGCGAGUUAUUGUAGGCUUCCCUUUUCCCCUUCCUUUUAAUGGUGUUUGUCUUUGCCUCCUCCUGCUUCCAGUCUCCCCCUACGUGAGGGGAAGCAGUUUUACUCCCCCCUCCAUUCACAUGUGGUUGGUUCCAGUAGUCUCUCUCCCCCCUCCAUGAAGACUUGGUUGAUUCCAGGAUGCUUCAUAUCCUGAUUUUUCAAUCUUUUUUUGUCCCCCUCCUUCAAAAAAGGUAUCCCAUUUCCCCCUCCCCCCUCCGUCCAGGCAACUGAACAAAAUGGCGAAGCCCAACAUGGCCGAGGGAGGGUCUGAGUGACAGAUCAUAAGCAGAGCCUGAGAAAGAAAUAAAAGCGAGUUAGGUGGUUUUCUCUCUCUUCAUUUUCUCGUUUUUGUUCUUUUGUUCUUCCUCCUCCUGGCACCCCCCCCCCCCGCACAGACCGUGUGUGUCAGCAGCCGGGCCUCUCCUUGUGGGUCCCAUUCCAGAAUGCAGCCACUGCUGUCACCAAUCUGUACAAAGGUGAGAGAUUUCAGGUUGGUAGUGGGUUGUGGGAAGGGUGGCAGGAUGAAUGGGGCCUGAAGAGGACAAGUAGGAAAUGGACUUCAAUAGAGGAAUAACUGAGUGGUUUUUGUGUGUGUGUGUGUGCGUGGUUUGACAGUCAUGCUGUGCCUCUUCACCUCUUACCUCUUUCAAAUCAUAGUCUUGUUAAUAAAUGCAUACUGGUCUUCACUUCAUAUUCUUGGGCAUUUCUGCUCCACCAGGAGCAGAGGAAUGUGUUUGCUAGGAAAUGUUAGUUUAUCUAUUUUUAUUAUUGCAUUUAUAGUCCAUCUUUUCUCCAAGGAGCUCAAGGUGGCAUACAUAGUUCAACCCUCCCUCCCCAUUUUAUCCUGCAGCCAUCCUUUGAGGUCGGCCAAACUGUGAGACAGCGGCUGUCUCAGGGUGCCUAGUGAACUUCAUGGCCAAGUGGGGAUUUAAAACCUGGUCUCCCAAGAGCUAGCCCAACACUAUCCGCUACAUCACACUGACUGUUUUGCAGUUUCCUGCUCCCUCCCUCCUUGUUUCUGUUGCAGUAGUUGCACAAAUUGUGGCCGCACAGUUCUUCAGUCUGGUAAAGGUUUGCUGUGCUUUACCUGAUUGUGGUACUGCAGUUACAGAUAGAAUAACUUGCCACUUUCAGUGUUAGGCUGGUCAGCCAGGUUUUCCCUCUUGCCUUCCCACACAAUUAGUGAGCAUUGCUGGACAGUGCAGCUGUAUAUUUGUGACAAUAAAUAUGGAAAUAGGGUGCUGGUGGUUACAGAUAGCUUGGCAAAAAUGCAAUGUUGUGGAGUUGCAUAUUUGAUUAGGAGGGUAGCAAGGGUAUACCGUAUUUUUCGCUCUAUAACACGCACCCGACCAUAACACGCACAUAGUUUUUAGAGGAGGAAAACAAGAAAAAAAUUGUUCUAAACAAAACAGUGGAUGUAUGAUUUUUGUGGUUCAUGCUGUGGCCACAGACAUGUGAUCUGACGGUGAGUUUGGGGUAGCCCAAUGCAAAAAUCCUGAGGAUCCAUGCUUUGUAACCACGUUUUUGCACCACUGCGGCCCCAGGCAACAGUGGGUGAGUGAUUUUUUUGGUGCAAGCUGUAGCCAUGGACAUGCUAUGUGAUCUGACAUGCUACGUGAUCAGCGGCUCUUCUCCCGCUUUGCUGUUUCAAAGCAAGCCACGGAGGAGGGAAGGAAGGGGAACCAUGGAUCCUCUGCUCACAACUGCAGCAGAUCCCCCCGCCAUCCGUAGGCAUUUGCUCCAUAACACGCACAGACAUUUCCCCUUACUUUCUAGGAGGAAAAAAGUGAAUGUUAUAGUGCAAAAAAUACGGUAGUUCUUUAUAAAUGGUCUAGCACUUUGAGUCUCCAGGUGCUGCACUACUGCUCCCAUUAUCCCUUGCCAUUGGCUAAACUGGCUGGGGAGUCCAGGUUAUCUUGGGACUACAAGGUUGAAGAACACUGGCCUUGCAGUGUGUAGCUGGGUAUUUCCCAGACUAGAGACAUGUAUGAUAGACUUCUGGGAAGAGAGGAGUGAUUCAUAAAUGAUAAAUCUGAGAAUGCUGAGGUCUGGAAAUCAGUGCUGUAUGUUGUAGAAUAAGGCCUACUCCACCCUUUCCCAGAAUACUGCUGCACACUGUAGAGAGAACUGUUUCCAUUCUAGAAAACAGAACACUUCUGGAGUAUGGUGCCAUGAUAUUUUCAGUGUUAAUAAUUGUUAAUUAUAAUAUGUGUUGAGGUGCCUGCAUCUAAAUAAUUCAGUAUUGAGUGCCUUCUGCUUCCAUCGUAUAGAUAGAAGCUACUGAAUCAUGCCCUUCACUGUUCUUGGAGAUGCAUUGUGAAUUGUGAGUGAGUGACAAAAUCUUCGUUGUAAGGAGUCUUUGGCCAGAAUGACAGAGCCAAAUGUACUCUGAUGUGACAGUUGCCAAAGUUAUUGGAAGAAGAAAUGAAUCAGUUUAACUGCUCCAGUGUUCGGAGCCUACCUGUCCAUUCCUUUCCCUAUCUUGAAUGUCAGCCAUUUUUGUGCUGCAUUGUCCUUGACCUGCAUUACCAGCAGUCUGUUAGGUCUACCUGGGUCCGAGUGCCUUUUAGGAACAAGUGCGCUGAGAUAAUAAGGUCCAUUCAUUACAGAAGCCUUUCUCAAACUAUGUUUUGACCAAAAGAGCCUUGUAAGUUAAGAACACGUAGGUAUUGCUGAACAUUUGUGCAUAAGGCAGUCUGAGAGCUACCUUUUCCUCGGUGGAUUUGGUUAUAGAAUGUGGAAUUGGUGGUGUAAGCCUUGAGACCUAAAUGUGAUAGAAUAGAAUGGUGGUGGGGAACCCAUGGUCCUUCAGGUGUUGGAUUCCCAUCACCCCAAGCCAGUAUGGCCAAUGGUCAGUGCUGAUACAAAUUGGGAGUCCCAACAGUACCUAGAGCACCACAGUUUUCCUAUCCCCAGAACAGGAAUGUUGAGGUGCCCCAGGAUGUCAUCUGUGUCUUCAUUCCCUUCAUUCUGACCUUCUGCCUCAUAGGAAUGACUAAGAGCUUUCUAGGUUCUUCAUUAUCACAACACAGACAGAAUUACCUUGGUCUGUCUGUCAAGUGGCAGAAUGCUUCUGUCUCACCUAUUGUAGUACACCUGGCCCUUGGAUAUGGAGUACAGGUAUUAUUCAGCUAAGAAACCUAGGUGUGGUUCAUGCUAAUUUCUGAACAGUUUGAAAUGGGGGUCUUGAGUCACCUAGCACAUUACUGGAUGAAAAGUUGCUUUGUGACUCAGUGCCCUAAGGCCUCCAUUCUUGUAGGAAUCAUGAGAAAGUUGAUUUGCACACUUGGAAGGGGAAUUUCUGGAGUCUACAAUGAAGUCUAGAAGUGGUUAAAUCUCUACCCUUAAGUUAUGUUAGAAGCAGACAGCCUUGAAUUGGGGAGGCUGACUCCUAGAAUAGUGUCCAGCUUGACAUAAUAGCAUAGUUUCCCAUAGGAACAAAGUGAUUCUACACUUUGGCUGUGUAGUAGCUGACAUUGGAGAGAACUGAUCUAGUAGUAGUCUGGUGCUAUUUAUACUGUCUUGUAAAAAAACUUAGAUCUUAGUGACACUGAGUGAAUUGCAAAUCAGUUGGCAUCCAGAAUGUAGAUGACAAAGCAUCUAGUUCCUUCUCGCAGUCACAGAAGACAGCGUGCAUACUGACUGCUGGGGUAUUAAUAUUACUCUUUUUACUUUUAAUGAUUAGCAUUUCUAUGUUUUUAGUUUUUCUGUUUUAUCUGCAUAUUUGUAUUUUUAACAGUAAGUCGCCUUGAGUACCAGUGGGGUGGAGGAAGGCAGAAUAUAACUAAAUAGCAACAGUUCAUCCCUCAAAUUAGCGAGCUGUGCUGUGCUGCUAGACUUAAAUGGAUCAAUUUGUGUUUGCUUUGUCUUAUAUGAGAAGGGGGCAAGAAUGUGAUUAUGGGUUUUUGUGGGUUGGGUUUUUUUCUGAUUUAUGAACUGCAGACCAGCACAGGAAUCUUAGCACACUGAGACUAGAAUAGCUUGCCAGCUACUGGUAGAUCCUCCAUAAGGUUCACAGGUUCUCUUCACCCACUCAUGGUGGAAAACUGAAGACAGGACUACAUGCUACUGACUUUGUCUGAAGUUGCUCCCAUUUCCUAUAAGGAGACUCUUCAAGGAGUAACGGGCCAUCUGAUAAAAUGGUUUCAGUUUUAGUUAAACCACAGGUUACCCUUUUGAUUUGUUUGACCCAAUAUGGUGGGGUAACAAUAGUUUAGUCAGACUUAACUUUUUCUGCAAUCAUGUGAGUAACUUGCUAUAGGGCAAUAGAUGUAAUUAGAUGGUGUAGCUUCCAGUGUGUAGUGGUUUGAAUGGAAUGCAACACUCAAAAUGGCAAGCUCUUAGUCAUCAAGGGAGGUCUUUGCCAACUCAGCCAAUAGUAUUAGUCAGUGCUGUUUUUCCUUGUUUGUGCAGCCAGCUGCCAUUUUGCUUGUUUAUUGCUUGGUAAGGGAAGGCAUCUGUGUGAUAGCAGUGACUUGCGUUAUGCAUUUACCUGUUGAAAAUAAAAAUAAAAACCCAUGGAAUUGGGUUGUAAAGAGUGAAGCGUUAAUUUGCCAUGUGGAGUCAAAAGACCUGUGUGCUAGACUAGUCUUGUAACUGCAUCCUGCCCAUCAGUUGUGCAAGGCAGAAAGUGGGUAGGGACAGGUGCACUGAGUACUACAGGGCAGCUUAGGACAGUGCAGGAGCAUUGCUCAAAGCUGUGGAAAGUCGACUGUAGGUGGAGUUGGGACAGGAUGUUUACCAAGGCUGGUGGCCCAGCCCACUUAAAUUGCAGGAUACUGCAGGAAAUUGUGCCAGUGCUAAUGCAGCAGCACUAGUUCUUGAGCAGAGGUUCUCCUGAAAUCCCAUCAGCUCAUAUAAGAACAUAGAAUAGAACAUAGAAACACAGAAAGCUGCCAUAUAGUGAGCAUGACUUCAGGAGCACUGUUGACACCAACCAGCAGUGGUUCUCCACAGCUUCAGGUCCUGGCUCCUUUUAAGUAUGGAGAACAUGUGCUCUUCAACUGAGCUACAGCUCUUCCCUACACAAAUAGGUAGGCAAAUCGUCCAAAACCAGUUUGAAAUCCAUUUUGUGUUACCGGAGUCAUAAUUUUUGACCUGGCAAUAUAUUGUGAAAUCACAAUGUGGGAAAAACCAUGAAGCUAGUCAAUGCCUCUACAUAGUUCCAUACUUAUUUCAGAUAUUGUGAUGUAUUAUGAUGUUUAGUUGGUGAUCUAUUGUGAUAUUGAAAACCAGUUAUCACCCUGACCGGUACUGUAGCACAAUGGUAAAAAGGCGAACUGUGAAAUCUCUAGUAGAUGUCUUGGCUAUGGAUUCACUAGGCAGUCUUGUGUAGAUGACUCUCUCUUUACACCCUCCAUCUGUAACUGAUGUUAGUACUGACCUAUCCGUACAUGUAAUUUAUAAGGGUUAUAUAGUACAGCAAAAAUUGUAUAAAUGCUGUUUGCUUCCUGCUCUUCCUCUUCUUAGCAUGUGCCCUUGUCCUUCACAUUUUAUUCUCUCAGUAAUACUGUGAUAUAGUUUUGGCUCAAAGUGACUGGGUCAAGGCCACCCAGUGAUCUUUAACAGUGCAGGAUUGAAUCCAUGUCUUCCCAGUCCUCCCUUUAACAUGCUAACCACUGUACUACAUUGACUUUCAAAUUGACACAUUGAUAAUUUUAAGAUGGAGGCAACUGCUUGGCUUUUGCCAUGGAUUGACAUUGUCUUGCAGAGAGCCCUGUUCUUACUGAGAUUGCCACCUCAACCUCAGUAGCUGGAUCUAUGUGUGUAUGUUCUGCUCGUAUGGCAACAUUAAUUCCAGUUGGAUCUUCAAAGGGUGCUUGGAAUCAAGGUAGAAAAUCUGCUUUAAUAUUUUCAAAACUGGAACAGCUCCUUGAGUAAGGAACACUAUUCUAAAUGUAUGAAUCUGACUAGGAAAAAGGUGUCAAUUUUAUUAUUUACUGCCAGACUUGUUUACUGCUAUUACCACACCAAGAAUGGACACAGGUACCUUUUGACACUGUGCACACAUACAUGAUUUCACAUAUAUAUGUGUUAGCAGUCCUACAAAAAUGUCCAUCCACCAUCGUUCAAUUACUCAUAAUACAUAAAGUAAACAACUGUUUCUUCAUUUGCAUCCUACUGACGGUGGCCUUUCAAGGUAAAACAAGUUGCUUUCUGGACUGGCUUUGGUCACCCAGUCAAUACAAUGUGGUAGUUCUAAGUGCUCAGUGGGAGGUCAGUCUGUUAACCCCAAGUAAGAAAAUUGCUGAUAAUCAUGCCAAGCGUAAUGGCACCAGGCAGAAUAGGAAGAUGUGUAAAAACAAAGAGUGUCAGUCUAAGACUGUAGUUCUCACGUUGAUAUAUUGCUGUUGAUAAAUCAUAGUUCAAUUUACAAAGUUGCCAAGGACAAAGUGGAAUGCAUGUAUUUCCUAACUCAGUAAGGAUAGGAUUGAAAGUGCAAACUUGCAACACUUUUUAGCAGGUAAAAACUUGUGCUGAAGAUUUUGCAAGUCGAGCAAAUUUUAUGAGUGUUUCUAAUAUAUAGGUCCAGUGGUGGUGUAAAUAGUUGCCAAAUUGUGUAGUUUGCUAGUGGUUGAAGAUGCCCAAUAAAAGCACGUUAGUUUUACCAAUUUUUUUGUUCGUAGUGCUCACGUUUUGAAAUCUCCCUAUAAGGUCUGUUAAAAACAAAGCUGAAGGCUUGUUUUCAGUUCCUUCAGCUUGACAUGACAUGUGACUACUUGGCUGGUAUGAAGAUCAUAAGCUUUUCUUGUCAUUGCAACUCUGGAAUGCGGUGUCAUACAACUCUUGAGUGUGUCCAUUCUGGAUGCUAGCUGAAGUAUCUGUGUAGAGGGCAGAUACAAGUGUAGAUGGUUGUCAGUGUGCAGUCAUAGGAAGUAGGACUUCAACAUGUUAAGUGAGUUGCGUAACUUCUCAUACUGCUCUGUCUCACCUUUGCAGAUCAGUAUUUACUGUUGAAAAGCAGCUCAGUAUGCUUUUUAUAUAACUUUAAUUAGCAUUAGUAUAUUGAUAGAGAAGUUUGCUUUUGUUUCCUUGGCAAUUUCUGUGUUGUGGAAGCAUCUUUUAACAUUAGUUCUAUGCAUGCAAUUCCAUUUUUUAAAAAAACUUAUGUGAGGAGACUUUUAGACUUGCUUGUUUCCCAUGGGCAAGCUCUUUGUUCAGAUUGGGAUCAAAUUGAUGAAACUGCUCAGUCUACUCUCCUAGUUCACCGAUACAAAUAAGAAAAGUGUAUUGAAACAAAGUUUCAUAAUUGAAAGUUAAGAUGCCCACUGGAAGGUGGUAAUGGGCCUAAACACCAUGGCACUUGAAAUUAAUAACUGAUGGUGGUGCUCACCUCAAUUGCUGCCUUACAACAUUGCCUUUAAAAGUUGCCUGUACAGUGGUACCUCGGGUUAAGUACUUAAUUCGUUCCGGAGGUCCGUUCUUAACUUGAAGCACCACUUUAGCUAAGGGGGCCUCCCGCUGCUGUUCUCAUCCUGAAGCAAAGUUCUUAACCUGAAGCACUAUUUCUGGGUUAGCGGAAUCUGAACCUGAAGCGUAUGUAACCCGAGGUACCACUAUAAUUAAAACCCUUGUAUAAUGUGGCAGAGGUGCAGUAUGGUGCUGCCUGGACUAAAUAGCAGAUGUCUUCCCCUCACCCUCCCUCUCAAGAAGCAUAAAGGUGGCUGUCAGAUUGCACCUGUUUCUUUUUAUUGCCUACCCCCAUUAUCCUCCUCCUCUGUGAUCUGUUUGUCUGGCUUGAUUUUGGCUGUCAUCUGUCUGUUACUGACCCCAGGCAGCUUUAGUCGAACCAGAGAGGAGGAAGUGACUCAGGGCUCUCUUGACUGAGUUCAUUUGCUUUAAACAUCUACUUCCCCUAAAGGUCAAGGUGUCCAACAAUAAAAGUGAUACUGUAUAUGAAAUACAGUAAACACAAUUCUUUAAAAUCUGUGUUGGUUGCAGGGGGGUAGGGAUUACUGUAAUUUAUUGUAGUUCCUGUAAGUUAUUCCUGGUAAUUGUAGCCAUCACUUAACAUCAAACUGCCACUGGCCAUGAGCAAAUGCUACAGCUAUGGGGCAUCUCCUGUAGUAGUUAACAGCAAUAAAUCUGCAGUAAACAGUUACUUCAAGGCAUUUUGUGUCUGUGCUCAGGUUAAUUCUACCAAAAGGUUCUUAAUGAGACUUCAUAGAAGAAAUAUUCUCCUAAUGCAAAUGCUUUUGGGUUGUGGAGUUUUUUCUUCCUAGUAGUCAUAGUUCUGCAUUAUAAAUUGCUGGGUCAGCGGCAGAAUGACUAUAGUUCAGUUCUGAACCCCAUGCGAACAGCCACUCAUCUUGAUAACCUAUUGAUAUGAUAUCAGCUGUGGAUAUCCUGAAUAGUGGGCUUUGGCUGACGUGUGAAUGAAUUUGGAAAUGGAAUUGCCGUAUAGUGUGAAAAUUGAAUAGUUGUUCUAGAGCUCAGGAAAAGAUUUACGCAUUUUCAUAGGUAUAGAUCCCCCCCCCAACAUCUAGCAGUAAAAAGGGGUUUGGUAUAGUAUGCUAAAUGGCUUAAAUUGUCUUGUUAAGAAUGGAUACUCAUCCAGUAAUGGAAUGGGUGGAGUUGUGUGAAGCACAAUGGUUACGUGAAGCAAGCCUCUUGCAUAUGCCAAAAGUUCUGAUAUUAUUUCAGAAUUCAUCAUAUACCGUAUAGUUUUCUCUUGAAUUGGAAGAAUGGAACAAUUUUUAAAUUGAGUUUUAAGGCAUGCGUGCAGUUUCAAACUGCCAGAGUAGUUUUGAUACAACUUAUGGCUGUUCUCAUUGCUGGCUUUACUCAGAUUGCAGGGCUAGGCCCCAUGGCAUUCUCCUGGGAAUAAAUGGAUAUUCUACACUGUUUGCAGCUCAAGGGCCGGGUCACAUUGUUGUGCAUGGUUACUCAACACCUGAUGGUCUCACUGCUGAAUAUGCAAACUGACUUGGUUGAAAAACAUUCUGUUUGAGCUGAACUGAUAGGAGAAUGAUCUAGCGUGUCUUGAUCAUACAUGUAGGCCACUGUUGGGUGCUGCUUUCAUCAAAUGUGAAAGCAUGAAUGUGUAAACUGUAGUCUGUUGCCGGUUGCAAGAGCUAGAAUGAUCUACCAUGGAUACCAUUUGGCUUGGGUUGAGACAGUUGGAAUCAGCUGCUGGAUUCCAUGUGUUGGCUAGGCAAGUCUUAUGAUUUCCUGUUUGUUCAUGUUUGUAAAAUGAGCAGUUCAGUUUGCAGUGCUUGAGGAGUAUUUCUGUAUAAAUGAUUUCUCCUCAAAAAUUUCAUGCCACUUUGAAAUUUGAAAUAGUUUGUUCUAGGUAGCGUGCAUGAAUAGUUUGCCAGAUGUGAUGUUGGUAACCCUUUUGGAGGAUUAAUAAAGUUGUACUUGACUCCUAAACUUAUUCCUAAUGCUUCUGUCUGAUGUCAAGAGUCUGUUUACCUUGGGAUAUUACAGAACUCCUGGGGUAAAAUUACAUGUGUGCUCAAAAAUGCUCAAUCCAAAUCUUCCCCUUGAGUUAAUGAGCAUUGACACUAUCUGUAGGUUACACUUUUCUGUGUUAAAUAUUACUGUGCUCACCCUCCUAAUUUGAACGAGCACCACUAUGCAUCAGGGUUCACAUGAAACCCUCUAAGAGUGUGCCACUGCUUUUCCACAUUGCAUGCCUCUAGCAGCACAAGACAAUGCUCUUGAAUGUGUGGCAAGAACUUUAGUCAGUGUUGCCCCAAAAAAGAUUUUGUCAGCUUAAAACAUUCAAAUAAUACUUUGCUACAAUCCUUACAAUACAGUUACUAGGUAUGUGGUUUAUGUGCUUAACCUUUAAAGCCAAACUUUGCCAUAAGUUUGGGACUCACGGAAGCUGUUCUUCAAAACAUCUGAAGGGCAUCAGGUUGGCAAAAUAUUUUUUUUAAUCAGACAGAAGUUUAAUAGGAUUAAAUCGCAUUUUAAUCCCAUUGGAGUGAGACAACGAGGAGAUGGAUACAGGAAACAGACCAAUCUUUCUAACUAUGAUCAUAAUCAUGAAAUAAAUGCUUCCCGUUUUGCCUUUAUUUUUAUUAUCUCCUCACCAUGAGACAAAAAAACAUUCUCAGAGAGCAAAGCCAGGACAUCUGGCAGCUUGUUUUGUAUGCUCCUUUUCUUCAACUUCUAUGCUUCUUUUGACUGAACUUGCAUUGUUUCUUCUCCCCUCACCUCCCUUGCAAGUUCAGCAAACCAGAGCGGUUUUUGCCUUCAUGCUGCAUCCAGCAAAGCACAACUUUUAAAAGGACACUUGUAUGUUUAGAGAAACUUCACACAGGAAAAAGAUGUUUUAAAACAAAAGCCAGUUUCAAAUGUGUGCAACUCCAUGGGAAGUGGUGGAGGGAAGCAAAGAAACCAUACAUUUAGUGCUACAUUUCACAGGUUGCACAAAGAGGCUCAAAAGUGUUUUAAGUGAGUCACAUGACAUCAGUAUUUGACUCCAGAAGCAGAUUUUAACUGUGUAUCUAAUGCACCUCCUAAAAUUCUUGUCUCUUUUUCCAGAAAGCGUGGAUGCCCAUCAGCGGAGUUUCGAUGUAGGAAUCCAUAUUGGCUAUCAGCGUCGUAACAAGGAUGUGUUGGCUUGGGUUAAAAAGCGCAGAAGAACUAUUCGCAGAGAAGACUUAAUCAGCUUCCUGUGUGGGAAAGCGCCUCCUCCACGAAACUCUAGAGCUCCCCCAAGACUAACUGUAGUAUCCCCUAACCGAGCUACUUCGACAGAAACUAGCUCCUCUGUGGAGACGGACUUGCAGCCCUUCCGAGAAGCCAUAGCUCUCCAUGGUAAUGGUUCUGGCUUUUUCAAUGCUUUUCAUAGGAAUGGGUGUUUAAAGCUCACGCCUCUACACUCUUUUAACUUCUUUAAUGACCGUGAGGUGUUACGGCAGCUAACAUGAAGAGUAAAGGCACAGUUGGACUGGCUCUCAGUAGCUUGACACCUCAUUUGCAUUUUCUGCAGUUGCAUCUAGCUGUAGAGUAAUUUGUUGUUUCUUGCCCUGGAAGCUGGUUAGUGCACUUUCCAGUGAAUAUUCCAUGUUGGUAUCAAAGGGUUGUAUAGCUCUGAAUCACUGUUCCUUAACUCUGCAAGCUCCAAACACACUAAAAAACCACUUGCUUGUUAUGAACAUAGUUGAGCAGGGCUUAAGAAACAUAUGUCGGGAAAAGGAAGAAACUUUUCUUCAUUUCCCUCUUCUAGCAGAGGGAAAAGGGGACACUUCAAAAAUGUUAAGUUUUGGAGUUUAAUUGAUUAUUUUUAUUUAACAAAAUGGAUAUGCUGCUUGAUGAUAGAAAACUGCUAAGCGGUUUUUUGUUUGUCCAUGGGACAGCCUUGCUCCUGUGGCUCUUUAAGCCAUGCUUUCAGCCAUAUUGUCUUCCCAGGGACUUGAGCAAGAAUCAUAAAGUCUAAGGUGCAAUUUAGGUGAAAGUUGUUCCAGCUUUGUAGACUUCUCACUUGGGUACACUGGCUGACAUCUUCUUGUAUAUCAUGAGAUGAGGCUUGCUCUCUAUUUGUUAAUGUGAUGCAUGAUUGUUUUUGGCUAAGUGUACAUGAAUUUGGAAUCUGUAGCUGGCCAGCAGUCAAAUAAAUGUGUACUUAUUACUUUGAAAGCUUUCUUGCGGCAUGGAGGAAUUUAAAACCUUACUAGCUUGUUUGGACACCUUCAUCCUUGCAAGAAAAGAACAUGCUUCCUGCUGAAAUGCUAUUCUCUACUUGUUUCACAGUGCUAAACUUACCACUUGAGUGCAUGCCUAUGAAAAGAUCCCAGUGGUGCAGACAUGCUCAAACUGAAGUGCAGGCUGAUGCAACUGAAAUAGAAAACCAUUCGAAGUCACGUGCAUGUAUGGGGGAGGAGGCUUGAUUUAGAAUGAUUGCAAGCUCUCUUAUAAAUUACUACUGAUGACUCAGUUUCGAGAAGAUGGAAGACGCCAGGGUUGUAAGCUUUCAGAGGUGUGGGUAUUUCAAUAAUGGAUGUUUGAAGAACAAGUUGACCUGAUCUUCCAGAAUAGCUUAUUUGGGUUCCCAUCCUGGCACUGAUCAGACCCACACUUGCUUAACUUCACAUACUAUAGAGGUGACAUUUAACUUGCAUUGUUUUGAGGGAAAGAAACACAUUUUAAUGACUGAUUUUUUUAUUUUUAGAGGCAUAAGCUAUGAUGCCCUUCUAAAGGUUGCCUAGAUUUGGAUAAACACAGCAAGGCAAGAUUUUUUAAAAAAGGUUUUGGUGCAACUCAUAACCAGGAAUGGAAACUUCAGGCUCUAGUUCUGAAUGUUGCCCUCCAGGCCCCUCUUUCCCUUGCUCAGGCAACACCCCUCACUGGACCUGCUUCACACUCCUUGAUUGUUGUUGCCUGGCUGGCUAAAAUUCUUGAAAUAUUGUCCUUGAACUCUAAUAAUGACUUGCUUGCCUGGGUUGAAAAUGGAGGGGGGUGUGUGUUCAUGUGUGUGUAUGUAGAAACCGUACAAAGGUAAAGUUGUUGUCUCUUUCGUCACCCUCCAAUCCCAACCCCAGUAGGUUGACCAGAAGGGAAUGUGGCCUUCAGCCUGAGAAAAUACUUUGAGAGCCCCAAUGUUAAUAGAGCAAAGCACUGCGUAUUUUUAAGGGAAACAUUCAGUAGUGUGCCUUGGGAGACUUGUGGGUUGCAUUGUUUGGAUCACUGAUAGCAUUUCCCACAGGUCCCACUAAUCAUCCUAUAGUAGUAAGAGAGCUGAAGUGCAUACUUGUUUAGUGGUGACUAAAUAUCAUGCAUUAGUGGUUUGGGUUGUAAUUGUGCAGGUGUUCUUGGCUUCAAGUCCUCAUUUGGUAAGCUAAUAUAAAUAGUGAGUUGUUGAGAUAAUAGCAUGGAUUGUAGUUGGGUUACUAUUUAUCUUCAAAUUAUGCAAACCACUGGCCUAGACUGGAAUUAGAGACAGGUGUAUCUUGGCAGAGCCUUUUGUUGAAACCCCCCUCCCACAAACACACUGGUCUUCCAGUGUUUUCAAAGCAAGAUGGAAAUGGGAAGUGCUUCUGUUACUAGGUUGCAAACUGAUGCCUAGCCUUUGUGGCUGUAAUUGCAAGCUUUCUCUUCCUUCUGGAUGAAUAACCAAAGAUAGUUAUAGUUGCAAGAAAUGCCUGCUAACUAUAAAAUGAAUAUUUGCCUCUUUACUAACAUGGCCAAUAUUGCUGAGGAAUAUGCUCUACCUUCUCAUGUAGGAGUGCAAACAUCCAGAGUGUGGGAACGCCUCAUUCUCAGGCUUUCUGUUACGUACGUAUUUGUGCAUCUAUUUGGCUGUGUCUGGGAUUGAGAAAAAUGACUUACAUCUCAGCACAAGGUUCAGUUCCCAUCAUCUCCAAUUAAAUGAUCCCUGAAACAGGGUUCAAAAUACUGAAGAGCUGCUGCCAGUCAGAGAGCACAAUGCAGCGCUAGGUAGGCAUAGCUGUGCUAGGACUUGGAACAAGGUAGAGCUGUUUUGGCUUCUGGUUUUUCGUGUUUGCCUUGCUGCUUAGUAAUGUCAUGGGGUUUUGUGCUUGGGAAUAAGACUUCAGAAACAACCUGAAGUUCCAGUACUGAAUUAAAAGCUACCAUUGACCAGGAUUAGGGCAUGUUUCUGCAUCGAUGGAGGUGCUAAUUGGAUGUAUGCUGGGUCUGGAAGAUAGAACUGAGGAAAUCUCUGUCCUUUUUUGGUAGCUUUAGAAUAGAAACUCUUUCAGGUUGUGGUAAGUUAUUGCAGUUUGGAAUGCUUCUGUUUAGGGUGCCAUCCAUUCCACUCACACGUAGGAUACUCCAUUCCAUUAUUCCUUCCCUGGCUUUCCAUUUUUAUCCCUACAGUCUUAUUCUUACAUUUAGAUCAGAUCUUUUCCCAAGGAGCUCAGUGGUUCCCCCACUCCCCAUUUUAUCCUCACAACAAUUCGGUGAAGUAGGUUAGACUGAGAAAUAACUGUCCUAAGCUUACCCAGUGAAGCGGAAUGGCUUAGGGGUUUUUGAAUGCUGUCCCCACAAGUCCUAGGUUGGUACUCAUAACUACUGUGCUACACUGCCUUGGGUAGCAUUUCUUGGCCAUGUAGCAUGUUUAGUCCACAUGGGGUUGCUGUGGGUUUUUCCUUCCUUGAGGUCUUUCGCUCUGGUUAUUUCCAGCUUGUGCACACAGUGGAGGUCCCCACAGUCAUGUGAAAUUACACUACUUAGGUGGCAAACACGGUUAAGUGUAUAGUCUAAACCCUCAGAUUGUUUUGUUUUAUUUGUUAAGAUUAUCUAAACCUUUUCCUAACAAGAAUCUUCAGGACAUGUUUGUCUGAAUCUCAACCAGGGUCAUUGGGGUCAGCAAGCACCAGGCCAGUCAUGGCAACAUAUUGUCAGUUGUGCUUCUGAACUUGGGUCAAAAAACCUAGAUAGAAAAGCUUAGUGUUACUGAGCCCCUUUUCUCGGGUUUCCUACCUAGGAGACUCUCAUUGACUUUAGCAACUUCAGUUCUUAAGUUCUGCCCUGAACAUGGAGGAUUCCAUCUCUGCCUUGCCUCUUUUGACAGCUGUUGCCUAGAAAAGCUGUGCUUUCUGCGAACCACUCCCUCAGCAGAUUGGGCCCUGUUCAGGCAUUGUGCUUGAAUGGGGAUUCGGAAAACAAAUAGUGGGUGUGCACACUGGCCUCUCCACAUGCCCCCACUGAUCUUUCUUCAUUGAGUAGGGAGGUUUGAAAGGGGCUUCUAAGCAAAUUCAUUUGAUCCAGAAUUGGGAGCCCCAGUUGCCCAAACACACUUAGAAGGCCCCUUCAGGCUUUCCCAUUCAAUGCAGGAAAGUUCAGAGAGGAGCAUGGCAUGCAUGUUUUUGUGCCCAUAUCUCACAUUCACAUUCCGAAUUCAGGUAUAAUGCAGCCAAACAAGCAUUAUUGGAGUUCAAGAACACAUUUCACUCCAAGGAGGGUGCAAAGCAGGACUGGUGAAGACUCUGGUAGGGAGAGGGGAUAUUGCUUGACAGGGUGUGUAACCUAUGGAGAGGCCUGUAGGGCCAUUGGCUCCUGCAUCUGAUGUUUCUCUGGUGCACUGUAGAAGUAUAUUGACACACUGGCUGCAGCAGGAGAAGCUACUUUGGGUCAUAUCCCAGAUGGGCUUGAUGUGCCCUGUUCCCUAUUUGUAUUUCUCUCUGAGUAAUGGGGCUUUCCUGCCAUCUUGCAAACAGCUUUCAAAAGUCUUUUCCAUGUCAAAGUGGCUUGCUACUUGGCAGGAUAAGGGCUUGCAGCUACUGGUGUGGCUACCUGCUCAGACACAGACAAGUGGUUGUGCAGUUCAGGUCCUGGCUUUUGUCUCCCAUAUUGUUAUGAGCAACUUUGAGUGGCCUGGAGUCUGUCUAUUCUCCAGUGGCAUUCUGGCAGCUGGGAGAGAUCAAGAGUAGGGUUAAUUUGAAUACUAAUUCAUUUCCCCAUACUCAUAUCCUGCCCUUCCCGAUGGAAGCACAGAGUGGCUAACGAUAACACUAUUGUACACACGUCACAGCAACAAAAAUGUUAACAUCAUAACAGACUGUGCAGAAGAGCAGUGGCAGCAGAAGGGUCAAUUACAUACCAAAGGCCUGAGUAAAUAAUUUUUUUUGCCUUGCGCCUCAAUGAGGCCAGCACGAGGGACAAUCAAAUAUCAUUUGGGAAGGAAUUCUGUAAUUUUAGGGGGAGUGGGGCCAUUUCAUCUCCUGCCCAAGAGAACUUGAAGUCAGAUUAAUAAGUAGAACAGAUAUUAAUAGAUGGGUAGAGCAGGACUAGAGAAGAUACUUUUUCAGGUACUUGAGCCUCAGUCUUCCAUUCUGUUAGUUGUUUUGUUAAGCGAUAAUUCAUCCCCCUUGGUUUGCCAUUAGCUGUGGUACACUUGUGCUGGGAGUUGCUUCACUUCAUAUUACCAACUCCUGUUAACCAGCAAGCGAGGGCUAUAGGACCUCUGUCUUCACAUGAGAUAGGUUCUGUUGGUUGUGGACUGACUGAACCCUCAACUUUUCUAUACUUAACAGUAUUUAUUUCGGUCAGAAUGAGCAGCAGACUAUCUUUAGACGUGUCCACAAUUUUCUGGCUUGGCUUUGUUGCCAGCCAUUAUUAGUGAUACCUUCUCCCCCUCCUCUCCCAGAUGUCUUCCAUGUGUAGAGGAUGUGGUGGUAGGAUGGGGACUUUAUCUCACUUUGCAUUGGAUGUUGGAAUAAGUAGAAGUUACUUCUUAAAAGCCCAGUGUCAUGUCCCUCUCAGCAACUCACUAGAUUGGUUGGAUGGCUUUUCUGGGUAGGUCUGGGAGAGACUUCUGCCAAACACUGGAAAGGUGCUUCCAGUCAAUGUAGAUGUUCCAGAGCUAGAUGAACCAAUAAUCUUGACUCUGUAAGACAGCCUCCUGUAAGGGAACAGAGGAACAUUGGUUGAGAGUUGCUGCUUAGGGGAGAGAAGUGAUUGCCAUCAGUGACUGAAUUUGUCGACUUCUCUAAGAAGUUCUUUGUUCUCAAGUUCAGAUUGCUGCGUAGGUUACAUGGAAAUAAGCCUGGAGCAAGUCUAAAAUCUUGCUAUCCAGAUAUUGUUGUUGGAUUAUAAUUCUCUAACUGAAAUCGCCACUGGUUGGGAUGAUGGGAGUGAUGUCUUAGAGGGCACCACGUGGCCUCCCGUGAAAUGAAACUGUAUAUUUAAUUGAGUUGGUAGAUUUGCCCAAUUUAGUGUGUAAAUUCAUGAAACUCAAAGGAAUAUAUGUUUACUAGUCUUCUGAAUGUGUGACUUGGUCAGAUAUUCUUUCCUCCUUCCUCUGGGAAUCUUGUGUAGCAGAAUGUUGGAUUUGGAGGUGUCCCUUUGUUUUUUAAGAAAAGUUUAUUUGGGACUGGUUGAGGUUUAGGAAUUAAAUUGAUGGAGCUGGUGCUCAUUGGAAAUAAACUAGCCCCACCUCUGAGGCUUCCUGCAGGGAAGGACACUUGUCUCAUGUGUCACCAUCUGGAAAUAUUUCCAAGGCUGGAGGUGAGGCAAAAGGUGUUUUUCUCAUGUGGCUGAUUCUUUGGUGACUGGUAGGGACAACUGUUUCUUGUCAGAUCUGAAAGCAGGGAGGUGCAGACGUAAGAACCCUGGUGCACAUUACUCAUCAGUGUGUUAGUUAAAAAAGGCUUUUUCAGGCAAUUCCCUAUGUCAGAUGCAUCUGCUACAUUCUGUUAAAAGUGCCACAGGUUUUUGUUGUUGCUGUUGCACAAGGCUGAUGCUACUCUUAUGGAUUCUGAUCCAGUAUUGUUCAGGGGCCUGUCAGUAUGUUUCUUGACUGCUGGUUUGCAAGGGCCUGCCUUUGGAAACUACAUACUGUCGGUGCACAUUCAGUUUUAUUGUGCAGGCAUUUGGCCAUAACAAUUUGACUGUUCAAUGAAACAAGUAUUUCAGAGGUCUAUAGUGGGUAUCAACAUGGAUGUGAUUUGAACCUUGUGCUCUUGAAUCAGGGAGUACUGUUGACUUUUGUAAAUCAUUGCCAUCAAAUCUGUGCUCUUCAGGAAUAAAUUCUGUGAAUUUUAGAACUGCUAUAGAAAGUUGUCAUUCUGAGGUGGAAAGUUUCGUUAUAAACCCUUGAAGCAGAGUAACAUGACCUGGUGGUCACUUAUGCUUCUUUUUAUUGUCUGACUGAAGCACAUUCUCUUGUACUGUAUUUUAAUUUUUGUGAAUAUGUAGCUUUGAGCAUCAUUGUGACUUGAUUGCUUAUUAAUAAGCAAAAAAGACGCACCGUGGCUACUUUAAAAUAUGGCUACAGACAUAAUGUCUGAACUAAACCAAACCUUUAACAGUGAAAGUAGCUUUUAAUGGCUGGUAUUUUGAGCCGGACCAUAUAUAUUUAAAAGUCUACAUUGGCUCCCAGUACGUUUCCAAGCACGAUUCAAAGUAUUGAUGCUGACCUUUAAAACCCUAAACAGCCUCAGCCCUGUAUACCUGAAGGAGCAUCUCCACUCCCAUUGUUCAGCCUGGACACUGAGGUCCAGCUCCGAAGGCCUUCUGGAGAUUCCCUCGCUGCAAGACAUGAAGCUACAGGGAACCAGGCAGAGGGCCUUCCCAGUAGUAACACCCUUCCUGUAGAAUGCCCUCCCAUCAGAUGUCAAGCAGAUAAAUAACUGCACAACCUUUAGAAGACAUCUGAAGGCAGCCCUGUAUAGGGAAGUUUUUAAAGUUUGAUGUUUGCUGUGUUUUUAUUAUGCUGGAAGCGGCCCAGACUGGCUGGGACAACCCUGUCAGAGGGGCAGGGUAUUACCACCAUCAUCUUUUAAGGUUUUGGUAGCACCUACAUUAAGGGUCUUGUAAUAUGCAACUUUAAACCUAAUUGAUCACUCGCCUUGUAACCGAUCAACCAGAUUCUUGACCAGAGCUAUGUGCCAGUGUAGGUUAACAGCCUGGCCCUAAAAAUUGUUCCACAGACUGCUACAAGGCAUAAAUCUUCAUGUUACCUCCUUGCAACCUUGUCUGUCUGUGUGUACGGUUAUAAGGCUGAUGGGGCUUGGGUGGGCCACAGACUAUUUGGAGAACUCCAGACCAUAUCCAUAAAGCCUGUGCUAGAAAUACCUGUUUUGCGCGACACUGUUAAUACUAUAAACAUGUGAAAACUUAUCUGCCAAGGUGAAUUGAAACUUAGCACCAACUAAAACAUUUUACUUUAAAUGUGCCGUUGUACUACUGUAAUAUGCCUCUGAAUACAUGCACCAUUGAGCAACAGCACAAGAGGACAGGAUAUGUUAGGCUAGAUGGGCCUUUGGCCUGAACCAGCAGGCUUUUAGGUUCUUAGGCAGAAGCUGUGACUGGACAACAAGCCCAGUAGCUAGUUAAAUGCAUGCUGUUCCAGCAGGCUGCCUCCAAGUUCCUUAAAAGGGGCAUCUCAUUCUGUCAUGUACUUGCUUGGGAAUAGUGCUACGUCCUUUAGGCUCCCUUCUGCUGUCAGACAAUGGAAUUUUGAAAUUCUUUCCCCUUGUAGUCUUGACGUGCUUCUUGGAGAUAUACAGAUAAAAUGAUAUUCUCCUAGAACAGCCCUCCCCAAACUGUGUAUCUUUCAGUAUAGUUGGUAACUAUAUUUCCCCAGAAAUUGGUAUGGCCUGAUGAGGAUGUUGCAGCAUUAAUACCUAGCAAGCAUAACCAUGGUUUAGACCAGGCAUGGCCAAACUUUGCCCUCCAGCUGUUUUGGGACUACAAUUCCCAUCACCCCUGACAACUGAUCCUGUUAGCUAGGGGUGAUGGGAGUUGUAGUCCCAAAACAGCUGGAGGGCCAAGUUUGGCCAUGCCUGGUUUAGAUGUUAGGUAGACAAGCUGUGGCUUUUGCAAUGACUGACUUUGGUGUUACCCAACUUCAAUGUGACUAUCUCAUAAACGUACCCAGAUCACCCUUAUAUAAUUGUUGAACCUUACCGCUAACACUCUGACAAGUAACAAAAGUGCAGAUUCCUAAGUACCACAGAAAGACAACAAGCAGCUGCCCCCAAUUCAGAAAUUCUUGUACUGUGGCUUAAGCAAGUGACCAGAACGCAGAGUUGGAAAAAUGUUUUGAAUUCCCAACCCCUUGUAUAACAUUGUGGUUACCAAGGCAACCAAGAACCUGGCCGCCUUCCCAGUCUUGCCUGAAUUGGCACUCUACAUGGGAAGAGAAAAGGGGGCCAGGAAAUGAUACCUUCCAUUAGAUGCUGGUUGAGGCAGAACACAUCCGUGCAAGCCUUAAGAGGGCUAGGGUGGCCUUCUCUAAUAUUGAGUCCUCAGAUGGCUGAUGGGAGUUGUAGUCCAACAAUAUCUGGGGGCUCAAGGCUGGACUAGGACAUUGGUUGUGAUCAGUGAUGUGGGGCAGAAAAUCCCCAUUCCCCAAAAUUCCAUUACUUUUUUUAUGUGUGAAGAAGGUUUUCUGCUUGAUGCAUUCAUUAAUAACAAUGAAUGGCCAUUGUGAAUACAAUACUUGGCAGGCUCUGCAGUUUUGGGCUUUGUUAAAUGCAAGUAGACUUGGGCCCUGUUUGCAGGCUUCUCAGAGGCAUAUCUGGUUGACUAGUGUGAGAACUGGGUGUUGAGCCUAGCUGGACUUUGUCCUGAUCCAACAGGUCUGUUGUUAUGUCAGCAUACUAAAUUAGGGCACAAGAGAAUUUUCCAGUGUAAGUUACCCUAAUCUGCAUAAGAGAAAUUUCAAGGGGAAAAAAAAUUCCAAUUCAAUCUUUGACCUUGAUCUUGUGGCCACAGGAAGUACUUUACAUAAACUUGUCCCAACUUGUUCUGAACUUCUUGCAUGUGGAAAGUAUGUGGACUCUUCUAAUGUUCCUAACUGAUUUGAUUAUGCCCACUGGGCUGCUUUCUGGAGAUCCUCAAAAGUCAUAAAGCACCUGAAGAUCCCUAGGCCUCAGUUAAUAAAUUGAAACACACGCAUUGCUCUGUGUGACUUGUGGUUUCUGAUUCUGCCAGUCACGUUGCAGGCUGUUUUGCAGGAGGAGACUUCCUAUUUUGAGCUGAUCUUUAGGUCAUGAGGGUUGGGAACGGUCCUUAAGACAAAUGCUGUCUAACUUUGGAGUUGGGCUGAUGGGGCUUUUUUGGGAUGCUGACUCUUUUCUAAUUUCUGCUUUCUCCUUCCUUCCUUCAGGUCUUAGUGGUGCAAUGGCUAGUAUAAGUGUUCGUUCGAGUACCCCGGGCUCACCCACUCAUGUGAGCAGCGGCUCCAACAGUAGCCGAAGGAGAAAUGGACUCCAUGACGUUGACUUGAACACUUUCAUAUCCGAAGAAAUGGCACUCCACUUGGACAAUGGUGGAACUAGAAAGCGUACCUCAGCCCAGUGUGGUGAUGGCAUUACGGACUCCCCAACCCAUAAACGCAAUCGUAUGAUCUAA